AUAACACUGACAGAUUAUCAUUUUAACAUCAUGUAUGGAACAACAAUAUGAAACACAGCCAAUCAAAGAAAAUAAGAUAAAACAAAAACUAAUACAGACAUGAUCAUACAUGUGUGGGGUGGAUACUGUUAAUAUAUACACUGCAAAACUGACAAGAUCCAGUAGGUGGCGGUAAUGUUACACAUAUGGAUGCCAAGAACAAGAACAAAAUUAAUUAAAAAACAAUAUAAAAUAAAAUAAUUAUGUAAAAUACUAAUUAAAUAAUUGUAUAAAUACAAUAAUAAUAAAUAUAUUUUAAGAUAAUAUAACAUAAAUAGGAAUGAGAAAAACUGUAGCCUAGUUAAAUAAUAAAAUAAAAUAGUUUUAUUAACGCUAUCAAACUGGAGAAGAAGAACGUGGAUGAGGACCGUUCAACUCGCUGUAGUUUGUCCCUCCGCGCUUUCCGUCCUGAGUAUAAGGACACGGAAGUGACGCAGCCUGACAGCUGAGGGCAGAGUACAAAUCACACAGGCCGCUUGCAGCUGUGUAACUUUGGUGUUUUGUCGUCGUUAUGAACAGAUUACAAAUCAUUUCGGGCCACCUGUGUCCCUCCGGCUCCUCCGGCUCCUCCGGGCUCAGCCGGGAUGUGUGGCGGACGGAGUGCGGCUCAGCGGGCAGCAGCGGCCCGGAGGACGUGCUGGUUGUUCACGGACGGAGGAGCGCUGUGGGCAAAGCAAAGAGAGGAGCCUUUAAGGACACCACGCCUGACGAGCUGCUGAGUGCAGUCAUGACAGCUGUGCUGACAGAUGUUGGACUGUCAGCCGACAAACUGGGAGACGUUUGUGUCGGCAACGUGCUGCAGCCCGGUGCCGGUGCUAUGAUGGCCAGAGUGGCUCACUUCCUCAGCGGGUUUCCAGAGACGGUGCCCGUCUACACCGUCAACAGACAGUGCUCCUCCGGGCUGCAGGCUGUGUUUAACAUAGCAGGAGCCAUCAGGAGCAGAUCCAUUGACCUGGGCCUCGCAUGUGGAGUGGAGAGCAUGUCUCUGCGUGGGAUGGGAGACCCUGGAGAUUUGAGCUCCAGGCUGACGGACAACGACAAGGCCCGAGACUGCCUCAUCCCGAUGGGCAUCACCUCAGAGAACGUGGCAGAGAAAUUUGGCGUCUCCAGAGAAAAGCAGGACGCCUUCGCUCUCAGUUCUCAGCAGAAAGCGGCCCGGGCUCAGAGCACAGGAGCGUUUGACCAGGAGAUCGUUCCCGUCACCACCAGGUUUGUGGACAACGAGGGGAAGGAGCGUGAGGUGACGGUCACUAAGGAUGAUGGGAUCAGAGCGGGAACGACUCUGGCAGGACUGCAAAAACUCCGGCCGGCCUUCAAACCUGACGGCAGCACCACAGCAGGUAACUCCAGCCAGGUGAGUGACGGAGCAGCAGCCGUGCUGCUUGGUCGCAGGUCUGUGGUCGAGGCUCUGGGUCUGCCCGUCCUGGGAGUCCUGAGGGCCAGCGCAGUGGUGGGUGUCCCUCCAGAUCUGAUGGGGAUUGGACCAGCAUUCGCCAUCCCUGCAGCUCUGCAGCAGGCAGGACUCACUGUGGCUGAUAUCGACGUGUUUGAAAUCAACGAGGCCUUUGCCAGUCAGGCCGUGUACUGUGUGGAGAAACUGGGGAUCCCGCUGGAGAAAGUGAAUCCUAACGGAGGAGCCAUCGCUCUGGGUCACCCUCUGGGCUGCACCGGAGCUCGACAGGUGGUGACGCUCCUCAACGAGCUCAAACGCAGAGGCCGAAGGGCGUACGGCGUCGUGUCCAUGUGCAUCGGGACUGGGAUGGGAGCGGCUGCUGUGUUUGAAUACCCCGGACCGUAGGAGCCAACUCAAGACUGUCACUGUGAUUCAAAGCCCCUUUCAGACAUGACCCGUAAUCUACCUUCUUCAGACCGUCUGCACAGCUCAGGUGUGAUCAGUUACAUUUACACAAGAUCAUGAUAUUUACACAGCAUGGCCACCGACUGCAGGCUACCAGAGCUGCUUUGGUCAGAUUCGGAAACCAAGAGCUGGUGUCUCUCUUUACUGUCCAAUCAUCAGUGUAAAGUGAAAACACUGAUCCACAUCACCAUCUCAAAGAUAUGCCUUAUUGUGAAAUUCCAAAGGCGUGUUUGUGUCACUAGCACGUGACGCCAGGCAGAUAAUGACAAGCAGCCAUGACAAAGACAAUGAGGAUAUUUACUCUCCUCUCAGGAAUAAAUCACUGGGGGAUUUUGGAGAAAAGAGGGUCAACAGAAGAUCAUGCUAUAUGCACACAGAGCUGCCAUGUGAUUAAAAUACUCAUACAGGCUGGAAUUAAACCGCGCUGUUCUGCCGCAGGAUGCAGUGACUUAAACCAACAGUGUGUAAGAAGUAGAAAUAAUGCAUGGAAUUUGUUAGGCUGUCAGUAGAGGGAAAACUCUGCUAGCUGCUAGGCUAAUUUAUGUAAAGCUGAACUUUGACAGUUAUUAGCGAGCCGAAUUUUAUACUUUUGUUAAAUCUUCUCGUUGUAGAGCCAUGCGUUAUGUCUUAGUGGAGUCAAUCUAAAGUAGGUUAAAGUUUUUUUGUCUUCACAGCAGUGUCCUUUUUCAAUUGUUCUCAAUGAAGAGCAAGCGUAUGCAGCUGCCUGGAGAAAAGGCGUCGCACCCAGCAUCUUUUUCCAGAGCCCUCCACAUUUUUUUGCAGCCGCUCCGAGCGCUUUAAGUUGAAAAUCUCUAACUGUCGCAACACAGACAGAAAAGGUCGUUUUGUGGGAGCAGAUCGGCAGCAGGCACUACAUGUCACUGGUGAGGGUAGUACUGUUAUCACCAUUGGCUUCGUAAGCUUGAAGUUGACCCUGUAGUCAACCCUCUGUUAGUGUAGCGUUAUUUUAGCUAACUGGCUAAUGUUAGUGUCAAGAUAUUGUUGUCAUGGAAACAAAACCCACAUGCAGUGCAUCAUUUAAACAAUCAGCAGUGGUGUUUUUUAUGAGGCGCUUGGAUAAAGUGCUCCCAGCACUGCCAGUGCUUUUCUGCUGGAAAAAAACCACUAUGUGGACUCUGUGCAGCGUCUUCUCUGACCAAUCGUCUCAUAUUUAUCGCAGGCCCGAAUCAAAAUCAUAUCGUGGCAGAUUUAGCAAACAUCGUAUCUUCUAAAGAAUCCAUAAAAUAUUGUAUGGUGAUGCUACAGCCAGUGAGACAACAAGCUUAAAGGACAGCCUCACAUUAUUUUAAAGUAAGUCAGGUGCACACAGGAACACUGGAACAGGUUUUGCUUGCUGUAAAUAUUCCUCCCAUUUCUCUUAGACACUAACAGAUCCCUUCCUAAUGCAGUUUCAAAUACGUCUUUACAGGUUAAGUAUGAAGUUUUCUCUGUGUAGUUAAAAAACAGAAUUAAAAUUCAUACUAAACAGACUUGUCUAAGUGUCUAAUUCAGACUCCUCAAGUGUCAGAUAAACUUUGGAAUACAUUUUUUGCAGAGAAAGAGGACUGUAGAUUUUGUCCCUUCUC